AUGUGUACUGGGAAAUGUGCGAAAUUUAUUGGGAUCUCCUUGUACCCAUUGUCCAUCAUCUCCAUCGUCUGCAACAUCAUCCAAUUCUUUCCAGGAUGGGACACUGAAUAUGUGAAGAACCCAGGAGAAUUCAUGACUCCAGAAGUGAUUUACCUUGGAGGGAUUAUCGGAGGAGGGAUCCUGGUGUUAGUUCCAGCAAUCCACAUCCAAGCUACCGGUCGUCAGGGCUGCUGCAAUAACCGCUGUGGGAUGUUCCUGUCAAUAAUCUUUGCUGCUAUUGGAGUUGCUGGAUCUCUGUAUGGUUUCGCGGUGUCUGUGGUGGGCAUGGUGAAAGGACCUCAGUGUCUCUAUAUAUCAUUGCUACAGGGUACCAUUUGGGGAAGACCAUUUGACUCGGAACUUAAAGAGUUCAGUGAGAACAACUACCUGUUCCAUAGAGACCUGUGGAGCACCUGCCAGUUGCCCAAAGAUGUGGUGGAAUUCAACGUCAUCCUCUUCUCUAUGGUCAUUGCCUCAACCGGUAUCUCUCUGGUCCUGUGCACUAUCCAGAUGCUCAACGGCCUCUUCGGCUGUCUCUGUGGAACCUGCCGAAACAAAGAAUAAAGGUCCAAUUACCAUCAAAACAAAUGGGCUCCAACCUGCCCACAAUUAACCCCUUUUCAUCACUGAAGACAAGAGAAAGUAGUGGCCUGAAUGAAGGGGACCCCAACUGUUCCUGACUGGCUCAUCACAUGACGUGUAUAUAUUUUUUCAGGGGUCAAGUUCUGGGUAAAAAAAAAGUGCAGGAACUCACCCAAGAUUUCCACUGAAGGGUCGGUCCUGCAGAACUACUGCUAAUGGGAAUGGUGUUCCUGCUGUGGAAAAAGUGCAGGAACUUAGUUCCCACGCGUUCCUGCAGGACUUGAGCCCUGUAUUUUUUUUUUUUAUAUAUCAUGUAUAUUGAUGUAAAUAUUUGAUUAA